AUCCUAUUUUUGUCCUGUGGUAGCUGCCAUAGCUGCCAUAUUUUGAACACCGUCCAGCAGCUGAUUUCUUUGAAUUUGUAAACCUUUAUCAUUUAUAUCCACACAAGUUUUGACUCUUAUUGUGAAGAAACGUUGCAGAAAAGACCGAGCCAGCAGUUAGCUCGCUCUUGUAAAAACUAUUAGCGGCUACUUUUGGAAGUUUGGUGAAUGAAGUAGGCGGUUGUUGCGACGCGUUCAGGGUCCUCAGUAGCUGUCGGUAAUUAGAGGGGUAUAUUGGAGCAGCUGAGAUGUCUCUUCACGGGAAACGUAAAGAAAUUUACAAAUACGAGGCACCGUGGACAGUUUACGCCAUGAACUGGACUGUCCGACCGGACAAACGGUUCCGCCUGGCGCUCGGUAGCUUCGUGGAGGAGUACAGCAACAAGGUUCAGAUUGUUGGUUUGGAGGAGGAGAGCUCCGAGUUUGUGUGUGGGAACACGUUCGACCAUCCCUACCCCACUACAAAGAUCGUGUGGAUUCCUGACACUAAAGGAGUGUACCCAGAUCUGCUGGCCACAAGUGGAGACUACCUGAGGAUCUGGAGGGUGAGUGACACAGAGACCCGUCUGGAGUGUCUCCUGAAUAACAACAAGAACUCUGAUUUCUGUGCUCCACUAACAUCCUUUGACUGGAAUGAAGUAGACCCAAACCUGCUUGGCACUUCCAGUAUAGACACCACCUGCACCAUCUGGGGCCUGGAGACGGGACAGGUGCUGGGUAGAGUCGGCUUAGUGACCGGGCACGUGAAGACGCAGCUCAUUGCUCAUGAUAAAGAGGUGUACGACAUCGCUUUCAGUCGAGCGGGGGGAGGCAGGGAUAUGUUUGCCUCUGUAGGAGCGGAUGGCUCAGUCCGCAUGUUUGACCUCCGUCACCUGGAGCACAGCACAAUAAUCUACGAAGACCCGCAUCGCCACCCUUUGCUCCGCCUCUGCUGGAACAAGCAGGACCCAAACUACCUGGCCACCAUGGCAAUGAACAGUCUAGAGGCGGUGAUCUUGGAUGUGCGUGUUCCUUGCACGCCGGUGGCUAAGCUGAACAACCACCGGGCCAGUGUCAAUGGAAUUGCCUGGGCACCACACUCCUCCUGUCACAUCUGUACAGCGGCAGACGACCACCAGGCUCUAAUCUGGGACAUCCAGCAGAUGCCGCGGGCCAUUGAGGACCCCAUACUGGCCUACACCGCUGAGGGAGAGAUCAACAACAUCCAGUGGGCUUCCACCCAACCUGACUGGAUUUCUAUUUGCUAUAACAACUGUCUGGAAAUUCUCCGGGUCUGAGGAACGUUUGACAUUGAGUCCAAAACAUUUUCAACAGGAUAAGCAAGUUUACUUCUUUGAAGAAAAUUCUGCUUGUACAGGAAAGAACAAUUGCAUUCAGCUUCUGUUGGCUUCAUAUGUGCACUUUUUUGACUUUUGUCAGGAUUUACUGCUAAAUUUAAGGAUGUUUUUUGAAAUAUGAAAAAAAAAAUAUUUAGGAAAACAAAAAGCUCUGGGGUCUCAUUUAUCAAACAUUGCGUAGAAUCCUUACUAAAACCAUACUAAAGCUCAGCAAAAAAUGUACUAACGCCAAGUAGGUUUGUAAUCUAUCAAAUAUGAAGUACGCACAGCUGCACACUAUCUCCGCUUCAUAAAUCGGAGACUAACAAGAGCGUUUCUCAGCUGCAUUUUGGUCACAUCCCGCCCUCACCACGCCCACUUUCUGCCAUAAAUGGUCAAUGCAAAGUGCCUUGUGGAUCUCAUGCAUAUACAUAAACCGGCUGUUGCAGCGCUCCGCCAAUGACGAUGGCGACCAUAGAUCAAGGCAGAUCAAGGAAGCGCAA